AUGGCGGCUGGGGAGGGGAGGGAGGAGACAGAAGCAGACAAGGAGGAGAAGAAUUCAGACUCAUUCUUCACAGAGAACCAUGAGAGGAAAGCCAUUGUCGAAGGCCUUCAGGUCACGGUGCCUGACAAGAAGAAGGUGGCCAUGCUCUUCCAGCCCACUGUGCUUCGCUGCCACUUCUCAACAUCCUCCCAUCAGCCUGCAGUCGUGCAGUGGAAGUUCAAGUCCUACUGCCAGGAUCGCAUGGGAGAAUCCUUGGGCAUGUCCUCUACCCGGGCCCAAUCUCUCAGCAAGAGAAAUCUGGAAUGGGACCCCUACUUGGAUUGUUUAGACAGCAGGAGGACUGUUCGAGUAGUAGCUUCAAAACAGGGCUCGACUGUCACCCUAGGAGAUUUCUACAGGGGCAGAGAGAUCACGAUUGUUCAUGAUGCAGAUCUUCAAAUUGGAAAGCUUAUGUGGGGAGACAGCGGACUCUAUUACUGUAUUAUCACCACCCCAGAUGACCUGGAGGGGAAAAAUGAGGACUCAGUGGAACUGCUGGUGUUGGGCAGGACAGGGCUGCUUGCUGAUCUCUUGCCCAGUUUUGCUGUGGAGAUUAUGCCAGAGUGGGUGUUUGUUGGCCUGGUGCUCCUGGGCGUCUUCCUCUUCUUCGUCCUGGUGGGGAUCUGCUGGUGCCAGUGCUGCCCUCACAGCUGCUGCUGCUAUGUCCGCUGUCCAUGCUGCCCAGAGUCCUGCUGCUGCCCUCAAGCCUUGUAUGAAGCAGGGAAAGCAGCAAAGGCCGGGUACCCUCCCUCUGUCUCCGGUGUCCCUGGCCCUUACUCCAUCCCCUCUGUCCCUUUGGGAGGAGCCCCCUCAUCUGGCAUGCUGAUGGACAAGCCGCAUCCACCUCCCUUGGCACCAAGUGACUCCACUGGAGGAAGCCACAGUGUUCGCAAAGGUUACCGGAUCCAGACUGACAAAGAGAGAGACUCCAUGAAGGUCCUGUACUAUGUUGAGAAGGAGCUGGCUCAGUUUGAUCCAGCCAGAAGGAUGAGAGGCAGAUAUAACAACACCAUCUCAGAACUCAGUUCCCUACAUGAGGAGGACAGCAAUUUCCGCCAAUCUUUCCGUCAGAUGAGAAGCAAACAGUUCCCUGUGUCUGGGGACUUGGAGAGCAAUCCUGACUACUGGUCAGGUGUCAUGGGAGGCAGCAGUGGGGCAAGCCGCGGGCCCUCAGCCAUGGAGUAUAACAAAGAGGAUCGAGAGAGCUUCAGGCACAGCCAGCCACGCUCCAAAUCCGAGAUGCUGUCACGGAAGAACUUCGCCACGGGGGUGCCGGCCGUUUCCAUGGACGAGCUGGCAGCCUUCGCUGAUUCCUACGGCCAGCGGCCCCGCCGGUGGUCUUAUAUAGACUUCAUUAUUUUCAAAAUGCCAAGAGCUGCCUACUCCGUCCCACAGCCCCAAAAUGGGAGCCCUCGACCUCAGAGAAACGUUGGGGGACAGUCACAAAUGUCCGUUGUGGGAAUGACUUUCCAACCAGGAUGUCCCUUGUGGUCUGAUGUUGUCAACAUUUCUCUGGAUGACAAGAAAUCAGACAUGGACUAUGGGGACAAGACACAAAUCCAAGAGUCAGCAGACCCGGGACCUUCUCUGGCCAUCACCUUGGAAGAUUUGCUGAUCUCUGCUUUGGGACCUUUCCAAUUCCUUAAAUACCCAUGGGACUGGAAUCUGGAUAUUCCAGAUUCCAGUUCCUCUUCACAGCCAGACAUCCGAGAAGUUUCUAAGCGAAACUACAGAUUCAUCUGGAUUCAGAAUUCCGGGCAGAAGCUGCUUAACAACAAAAAUCUGGCAUCUUCACUACGUUUUAAGAUUAUAGAAUUUAAUACAGGAAUUCGACAAAAUAUUGAAAAUGUUUUAGCAAAUUUAGAGCAACAGAUUCUGGAGUGGGGAGACUCCAUUUAUUAA